AUGUAUCAUCUCCUAAGCAUAUGCAUUGCACUUCUACAUCUCACAUCUGUACUUGCUGGUCUCAACCACUUGACAGGCUACUGCAACACAUACGACAAUUGUGGUAAGAAAUCGAUUUUUGGCAAACAGUUGCCGUGCGCUAAUUUUGUUCCAGCAACCAAACCAAGUAAGGAGUCACGAGACAAGUUGCAAAAAAUUUGUGGGACGGAUUUCGAAUACGUUUGCUGUUCACCGGAUCAAAUUGACGAACUUGAAUCAAACUUGAAACGAGUCGAUGCGAUCAUCUCAUCGUGCCCCGCGUGUUACAAGAAUUUCUACGAUUUCUUUUGUCAGUUUAGCUGUUCACCCAACGAAUCUACUUUUGUUGAAAUUGUAAAGACUGAACUAGCUAAAGACACAGGGAAGGAGAUUGUCACUGAAAUUAAUCAAUACGUUUCGCCAGAAUUGGCUGAACAAUUUUUCGAUUCUUGCAAAGAGGUGAAAUUUCUGGCCACCAAUGGCUUUGCAAUGGACUUGAUUGGUGGCGGAGCUAAAAACUACACUCAGUUUUUGAAAUUCUUGGGAGAUGAAAAACCGUUGCUUGGUGGCUCGCCAUAUCAAAUCAAUUUCAAAUAUGGAUUGGAUAAAGAACAAGAAAAACAGGGAUUGAAAUUGAGAACUGACAAGAUGUAUUCUUGUAGUGACGACGAGUACAAGUGUGCUUGCACCGAUUGUCAAUCAUCGUGUCCAAAACUCCCACAUGCCAAGAACUUGAGCAAAAAAUGUACAGUUGGGGUAGUUCCAUGCUUCACUUUUUCCGUUUGGAUGGUUUUAGUAUGCUUGAUUUUGUUACUUGGUGGCUAUCACAUCUACUUGGCAAACGCCAAACGUGAGUUCAGAAGACGUGGGUCGUAUGAGGAUGAAGACAAUGAUGAGAUUAUCAGUCCUUUGAAUUAUGUAACCGUUCGCAAACCUAUUGUGCGUCGGUUUUCCGACAACUUGAAUUCACAAGUUCAAGACGGUUUUGAAAAAUUGGCCAAGUUUUGCUCAACGUUUCCCGGUAUCACAAUCGGUACUUCGGUGGUUGUGUUUGUAUUGUUAUCGCUUGGUAUGGUGAAACUCAAUAUUGAAACGAAUCCGAUCAACCUUUGGGUCAGCCCCAAUGAACCAGCUUAUAUAAAUCAACAAUACUUUGAAUCCAACUUUGGUGAAUGGUUUAGAAUCGAGCAAGUAAUUGUCAGCACCAACAACGGUGAGCCCAUUUUUAACUGGGAUACGAUUAAAUGGUGGUUCCUCCAGGAACUGAUACUAGAUAACUUGAAUCCUAAAACCCGUCUUUCUGACAUUUGCUUCAAACCAUUGGGAGAUUCAUGUGCAAUUGAGUCUUUUACACAGUACUUUCAUGGAGAUAUAGAUCAAUUGAGUGAAGAAACUUGGGCUCGUAAAUUGCAAAACUGCGCCGACUCGCCAGUUAACUGUCUUCCCUCAUUUCAGCAACCUUUGAAACCUGCAUUAUUGUUUGAUGACUCCGACAUUUCAAAAGCUACUGCAUUUACCGUGACUGUUUUGGUUGAAAACAACUCUUCAAAUUCUACAUUGAUUGAUGACAUUGUGUCGUACGAACACUCAUUCCAAGCUUGGGCAGGACAAUUGCAAUACAAUAACUUGGGUUUGAAUGUCGCCUUCAGCACGGAGGUCUCACUCACUGAGGAACUCAAUCAAUCGUCAAACACCGAUAUCAGGAUAAUUGUCAUUUCAUACGUGGUAAUGUUUAUAUACGCAUCGUUGGCACUCGGUGGGAAAUUACCUACAAAAUCACUAAAAUCGUUAGUGAAGUCCAGAUUCAUGUUGGGCUUGAGUGGGAUAAUCAUCAUUUUACUCUCGGUCACUUCAUCAGUAGGGCUUUUCUCCAUGGUGGGGUUAAAAUCAACCUUGAUCAUUGCUGAAGUGAUUCCAUUCCUCGUGUUGGCAAUUGGAAUUGACAACAUUUUCCUCAUUGUCCAUGAACUCCACAAGAUAACCGAACAUGAACCUGGCUUGGAUUUGACAUUGAGAAUAUCUUUUGCAAUGAGAAACAUUGGGCCAUCGUGCUUCAUUAGUGCCAUUUUACAAAUUUCAAUGUUUAUCUUGGCUACAUUUGUCGAUAUGCCCGCCGUAAAGAACUUUGCCAUAUAUAGUGCUGGUGCAGUUGCAAUCAACUUUGUGUUACAAAUGACGUGCUUUGUUGCAUUGUUGGCCUUGGACCAAAAACGAUUGGAAGAGAAUAGAGUCGACUGUAUUCCAUGUAUCAAAUUGUCAACGCAUGUACAGUUGGAGGAAGAAGAAGAAGAUGAUGAUUCAGAAGUUGGGGAAAAGCACCUCGAGUACGAUUUUUCCCAUUGGAUUAAGAAAAAAUACGCCCCUUUUAUAUUGGGCAAAACUACCCGCCCCAAAAUAUUGACUUUUUUCAUGCUUUGGCUUGGUAUUUCCCUAAGUUUGUUCCCCGGAAUCAAUUUUGGACUCGAUCAAAGGAUUGCAAUUCCAAAAGACUCAUACCUCGUCGAUUACUUCAACUCAGUCUAUGACUAUUUCAACUCCGGGCCACCGGUGUUUUUCGUUGUAAAGGAUUUGGAUGUGACACAGCGUGUACAACAGCAGCAAAUUUGUGGUCGGUUUGCCACGUGUGAUGAGUUUUCCUUGGCGAAUAUAUUGGAGCAAGAGUUUAAGAGACUGAAGAAGUCAAUGAUUGCUGAGCCAACAAGCAACUGGUUGGACGAUUUCCUCACAUGGCUCAAUCCAGACUUGGAUCAAUGCUGCCGUUUCAAAAAGCUGUCUCUCUCGUUCUCGCUUUCAGCUUUUGAAGAAGCAACGUCAUCCACUUUGCCCCAAUUCUGUGCACCGCACGAUCCAGACCGUCAGUGUCAAACAUGUUUUGCUAACCAUGACCCACCAUAUGAUGCUAGUAUGAAUGGGUUCCCUGAGGGCAACGAUUUUAUGUUUUACUUUAACCAAUGGAUACAAGAACCCAGCGACCCAUGUCCGAUGGGGGGCAAAGCACCAUAUGGAAACAGUAUAUCGAGAACCGAAGGUAAGAUAGAUGCUAGCUAUUUCCGGACUUCGCAUACUCCGCUACGGUCACAAGAUGAUUUCAUAGCUGCUUAUCGUAAUUCGAUACGGAUCGUUGAUGAAAUUAGGCAAUUGAUUCCCGGGUUGGAUAUUUUCAGCUGGUCGCCAUUUUAUAUUUUCUUUGUGCAGUAUUUGAACGUUGUUGGUUUGACAUUUAGUCUUGUUGUGGGUGCAAUUGCCAUUAUUUGGAUUGUGUGUACUGUAUUGUUGGGGUCCAUUAGAUCAAGUACGGUUAUGACCAUCACCAUAUCUUCCAUCAUGAUAAAUAUAGGUGGGGUAUUGGCAGUAUGGAAUAUUUCAUUGAAUGCGGUGACGUUGGUGAAUUUGGUCAUUUGUUGUGGGUUAGCGGUUGAGUUUACUAUUCAUUUAACUCGAGCAUACACUGUGUCGAAAGUAUCCAUAUUUGAGGAUGAGAACGAAGAUACGAUUUACGACCAUUUUAUCAAUUACAACAGUGUCAACUCUUCAACUUCAGCCUCUACGCAAGAGUUGAAUGCCAAGGUCCGGUAUCUGAAGGCAUUCAAUUCCAUUGUUACUGUGGGUGGGUCCAUUGUUGGUGGUGUAACUUUUACAAAAUUGAUUGGUAUAUCGAUUUUAGCAUUCACAAGAUCAAGGAUAUUUGAAGUGUACUAUUUCAGAAUGUGGUUCCUGUUGAUUCUUAUAUCAGCCGUGCAUGCAUUGGUGUUGUUGCCUAUACUCUUGAGUUAUUUUGGUGAUUUAAACAAGUCAAAUACAAUUGUUUAUGAUCAGAGUCAGUUGGGACGUCAAUUUUACGAUGAUUCGAGAGAAGAGAUUGAUUAUGACGAUACUGGGUUGGAUGCCAGUGAUUAG